CGGCCGCCAUUGUCCAGCGGGCGGUGAGUCGUGCGGUUCUUGUGGCGGGGACUUCUGUCGUGUUCAGGGUCGCCUCGGGCACCAGUCCUUUACCUGUCAGCCUAGGAUGGACCCCGAGGAGGAAGCGGCGGCACUGGCAAUGGCUACGGGGCCGGCGGCAGAACGGCUCCAGGAGCCGGUGACUUUCCGGGACGUGGCCGUGGACUUCACCCAGGAGGAGUGGGGGCAGCUGGGCCCGGCCCAGAGGACCCUGUACCGAGACGUGAUGCUGGAGACCUUCGGGCACCUGCUCUCUGUGGGGCCUGAGCUUCCCAAACCAGACGUCAUCUCGCAGCUGGAGCAAGGGGCUGAGCUGUGGGUGGCGGAGGGAGGACUCGCCCAGGGCUGCCAUCCAGGCCAGGAAACUGGACCGGAGGGUCGACCACCAGCCCGGGAGCAGGGCAUUCCUGAGGAGAAGGGGCGGGAAGGCUUCCUGGGGGAGGCGCCAUGUCCUGCCACGCUGGGGGAAGACUGGGAACCGGUGGGCCUGGUCAAGGGGCCCGAGCAGGACCAGGGUCAUUGGCGGCAACUCAAGGAAGCCCCGGUUCAGGACGGAAGUCUCAGGCUUGGGGAGAGCCUCGGUCUGCUCCCAGAGGUCUCCGGGUUGGAGCGUGCGUGUGUGCCGGAAUCUCGGGUUCCGAGCUCGGAGCGGAGCGCUGGCGCGGCCCGUGAGGAGACAGGCUCCCCGGGACCACAGCCGCACGACCGCAGCGAGGCUUCCGCUGCGGCGAGUCCUGUUCCGGACGCGGAGCCGGUGCGCGGCCCUGCGCCCGACAAGCCCUACAAGUGCGCGGACUGCGGGAAGUCUUUCAACCACAACGCGCACCUCACGGUGCACCGGCGCAUCCACACAGGCGAGCGGCCCUACGCCUGCAAGGAGUGCGGCAAGGCCUUCAGCCAGAACUCGUCGCUGGUGCAGCACGAGCGCAUCCACACGGGCCACAAGCCCUACAAGUGCGCCGAGUGCGGCAAGUCCUUCUGCCACAGCACGCACCUCACGGUGCACCGGCGCAUCCACACAGGCGAGAAGCCCUACGCCUGCCAGGACUGCGGGCGCGCCUUCAACCAGAACUCGUCGCUAGGCCGCCACCGGCGCACGCACACGGGCGAGAAGCCGUUCGCCUGCAGCGUGUGCGGCAAGGCCUUCUCGCGGACCACCUGCCUGUUUCUGCACCUGCGGACGCACACGGCCGAGCGGCCCUACGAGUGCAGCCGCUGCGGCAAGGGCUUCCGGCACAGCUCGUCGCUGGCGCAGCACCAGCGCAAGCACGCGGGCGACGGGCCCUACGACUGCCGCCAGAGGCUGCUCUUCGCACCCCCGCCCGCCUGGCCCGAGCCCCUGAGCCAGGGCGAGGGCCCGCCGCGCAGCGACAGGCCAUUCCGGUGCGGCCAGUGCGGCAAGGGUUUCACGCAGAGCUCGCACCUCAUCCGCCACCAGAUCACGCACACCCGGGAGCAGCCCCGGGGUCGGGGUCGGGGCUGCCGGCGCCCACAGGCUCGCAGCCGCGGCCCGCACCUCGGGCGGCGCCCGCUCGGGCCCCCGGAGGAGAGCCCCGGGGCCGGGACGAAGGCGGGGCCACCCACCAGCAGGGCGCUGGCGCUGUUUGACCUCCAUGAGAUCAUGCAGGAAAAGAACCCCGUGCGUGUUAUUGGGGUGGAAGAGCCCACCAUGGGCACAUCCGUGCUGUUUGACAUCAGGGAGUCCACGUAGGGAAGGAACGUGGCGGAUGACUGUUGAACCAGAGGUACAGAGAUGGGUCUUUUAUAUGUUGGGGGAAACAAACAACAGGAUAACCUAAAUUUUGUCCCUAUCCCAAGCCUGCCCAUCAGACCCACUGGACAAUGUGAGGGCCCUUUAUGAAUGGUGUGACUCUGUUUUGUUCUCAGAGUUUAUCUGCCCCAUCUCAAGCACAGCUUACCAUCUUGCUGGGGUCUCUGCUGACCCUCAGAAGACCUUUUUUUCAGCAGUCAAUGUCCAGGAAAACAAGACGUCUGAGAAAAUGGCUUAUUUAUAUAUGAUGCAGUACAUUGUAAUAUGACCAUUUUCAUAUCCACAAUUGGAAACGUUGCCUGGCUCAUCAUCUUUCUCUCUUCCAACUUUACUCCUGAGGAAAUCCAAGCCUUCUGAUCUUUGACUAUAUUGUUCUUGUUGUAAAGAAGAACAUUGUGUUCAAAGUGUGAUCCUUGGUAUCUCAGCAGAUAGGAUGCAAAGACUAAGGAUUUAAUCUGCCUGCUUUCUAGCCUAGAGUGAAAGAGUGAAAUGCCCAUCCCUCUGGGGUGCUCUGUUGUGUGCUCCAGUUACAGCACAGUUGCCCCUUUUGUUUGUUUGCUGUUCCCACUGUGGUUGGAUCCUAGCGAAGUUAAAUACAAAACAUAAACAUCAACAACUGGAAGGAACGAAAAUUGGCCACGGCACAGGUCAGCUUGUAGAAAUCGUUCCAGAAAAAUACCCCCCAGAAGGAGUAUUGGGUUGUCAGAGCAUCGCGUUGAGUGGAAGAAGUAUUCUGGAAGGGCACAGCGGCUGUUCUAAGCAGUGUCAGAGUGACCGACCGUCAGAGCUCACUGCUGAGAUGUGAUGGGUGAAUGUCGGGACCUGUCAGAACUUUCCCUUGUCCAGUUCUGUUUGGAUUGCCAGUAGGGUUUCCACGGUAGCAGAGCCAGGCUUGCAGCUCUUCUCCAGAGGUUCCACAGGAUGCCUUGAAGCCUUGCGUUUGUCUCUGCCCCCCGUCACUCUCUGGGCUUGUCUCGUGGACUUCUCCAUCAGCUCUCAUUAUCACAGCGCCUCUGUUGUCGUGCCUUGGCUUGCACCACCUUGCAUUUCAUUCUUAGCAAAUAACCUUCUAUUUACAUGGCUCAGAAGAGGUGUGUUUUCAGACAGGCAGUGACUCACACCUCUGUGAGGUUGGCGCUGUUUUAUGUAUAAGGAAAAUCUGGCCCGGGACAAACAUAACCUUCCCAAGGCACAGCUAGUAGUUGGAGGCAGAAUUUGAAGUCAGCACCCCGUUGACAGUGGCUUAAACAGAUCAGGCUUUGCUUGAAGGCUGUGUCUUCAGUGGCUGUGCGCCAUCAGAGGCAGUGUCUUCUCUCCCAGCCUGUCCCUCCUGGUCGCAGGGAGACCACUGCAGCCUCGGCCAAUGCACCCACCGUCAUCAGGACUGGAGGAGGGGGAAAGGCAGGCCAGUACUCAUCGCCGGUGAGGUUUCAAAGAAAAGACUCCCAGAAGCUUCCAUCCAAUACAUCCAUCUCUCUCUGGCCAAGACUGAAUCACUUAGCUUCUCUAACCUCCCUGGCUGAGACUGUACCCGAGAAAAAGCCUCUGAAGAGGUUAACGGUAGGCAGCUGCCAGCGCCUGCCGCCUUUCUCCCCAGUCUCUUUCUGGAGGAAUCUGCAGCGCUCCCCCUUUGGGUCAGGCACCACUGUCUCUUCAUCUCCUGGGUUGUCCUGCUUGCCAACCAGGCCCCCACAGUCCUCGGUCCCCCAGCAUGCUGGAGCGCUGUGCUCUCCCAGAUCCCUUCUGCCUCUCAAGGGGCCUCUUGCCCUACCCUCCUUAAUUCCUGGGGCCCUUGGGCCACUGUCCCAGAGGCGCAUCUUGGGCUCCAUGCACUCAUGAGAUGUCCCGGUCCACACCAUGGCUGUGUGCUGCUCACUCCCAGGUUCUGGUCUCCGAGCUUCGGGCUGGAACAGCAGCUGCAUGCUGCCGGAUGCCUGGCGAACUCGGGAAGCUGCCUGCCCAGAGGGAAAUGCCGCCCUCCAUCCCAAACCGGUGCCUCCUGCCCUGCUCCCUUUCUUGAGGAUUGUUGCCACCUGCCACCCCACCCCUCAAGCCGGAAGAUAGUAACAGACAUCCUGUUGAUUUUACCGCCUGAACAGCUUGGCUAUCUUCGUUCCAUUUCCUUCCCACUGCCACCACUGACGCAGGAUGACCGGGAGACGCCUGGCCACUAGUGCCCUCCACUUGUGACGGCCCCAUCGUUGGUGUGGGGGUGCAGACUCGGAAUGCUCCCACCCUAGCAUGCUCUGGCUCGGGGAGACCCUGCGGUAACUGGACAGCUCAGAAGCCAGGCCUGCGACUGCCCCAUCCCCUCUGCCGUGGCCAGCACAGUGGCAGCUGCAGAAGGGUUGUGUCUCCACAGUUCUUAGAGUGGGCACUGGGCAGGCUGAGGCUCCAGUCACCUCGUCGGUUAAGCUGGGAGCAAGCUUGUCACUGUCAGCGUUUGCUGCCCUCUCCGGCAGUGCAGCUCUUGGAAUUUUCCAUUUCUCAUUUCAGGUCACCUUUUCUAGGCAUCAUAUUCCUACUAAUUUCCUUACAGAUACUUUGAAACCAAGUUAGAUAAGAAACUCCUCAGGGGAAAUUGCUGUAAACUAGAGAAAGUAUAUGGUUUUAUCAGUUUAUCAGAGUAAUACAAAAUCUUUGUAGCAAAACCUGGAAAAUGCACAAAAGUAAAAUACACAAAAGUAUGAAGCCUUGUUUAAAAUUUAAUUCCUCAUACUUCCACCAUCCAGGGAUGCUCAUUACCUUAAGAUUUUGUUAAUUAGUAACUUUUUCUUGAAAUAUACAUGUGUGUAUACAUAGAGUGUCAGGCGAACGUGAUAACCACUACACUACGGAAACCACACUACAUGUGUGUAUACAUAGAGUGAACAUUAAAUCUUAUACACAGCAAAAAUAUGUAUAGUUAUCUUUUGUUUAGAAAGCUGUCUUGUAAUGUGCUUCUUACUAUAUUUUGAACAUUUUCCUGUGAAGAUGGACUUUUAAAUUAAUAUUCAGGAGGGUUGUAGCAGUGUGACCUCCACCCGCCAUCUUACCUAAGCUUUUGCAUUUAUCUAAAAGGGGGCAAAGGGAUUCAUACACAUUUCUGAGGGAGUAUGAAUUGAUACAGCCUCUGUGAACGUCACUUUGUUGGUUGCUAUCCAAAUUACAGCAAACUCUUUGUCCCAGCAAGCCAUUUGCUGGAAAUGAAUCCUACAGAUAUAUUUGUACCCGUACAAACUGUUCUUGUGUAGUUUUUACUAUGGUAUUGAUUUCAGAAAGUGAAAAUUUAAAAUCAGCCUUGGCGUCCACCACAUGGGACUGGCUAAGUGAUUUCUGGUGGACUGGCUGGCUUUUACACAGCCCUUGAAAUGGGGACUGUCUUUAUGAACUCUUUAUGUGGAAAAGAGCGCCAAGAUACAUUGUCUAUGAAAAGGUAUAAAACAGUUUGUAUGAUAUGUUUCCAUUUGUGUAAAGAGGAAGCCCUUGCUUACACAUACACAAACACACUGAAUCUGAAGGGUACAAGGUUACCAGACAUACUGCUUGCUCUUGGAGGGAGGGGGAAGAUGAGGAAUAAUUUUCACUCUAUAUCUUUUGAUACUUUUGGAAUUUUGAAACAUGUAAAAAUAUUACCAGUUCAAAAAAUAAAUUUAAACAAAACCUUAA